GUGACCAAGGUGAACCAACCACUGAUAGACAUAUCAAGCGUGAAAUUGAACAUACAUAUGUAGACGAUAAUCACACUCUCCGUCCAAGUGCUGAUGUGUUUAGACCUUGACAGAAUAAGGAUUCCCAUGUCAAUCAAUCACCUGCUAUUGUACCUCAGCCCACACUUGCUUCAGAUGUUCCCAGUGUUGAAUUGCCAAUGAAUGCCAUGCUGAUUUCAUCUGUGUGGAAUUUCUAAACCUACUCUACCAGAAUUCAAGAGUGGAUAUUCUAAGCAGGGACGAUGUUUGAGUGUUUAAUGCAGUUGUGGCCCCAGUCUGUGGUAACCCAGGCUCUUGUUGUUGGGGCUGUGAUUGGUGUGAUCGCCUAUAACCUCUUCAAGAAACGAUACAACUUGCCGCCCGGACCCACAGGAUGGCCAUUAAUAGGAAACCUUUUAGCCAUACGAGGAGGUCUCCUGUUCCGAAAAUUCCGUGAUUGGAGCAAAACGUAUGGUCCGGUUAUGAAGAUUCAGAUAGGCAAUCGACUUGCAAUUGUUCUGAGUCGAAUCGAUGUUGUAACGGAAGCCCUCCUUACACGACAAGCGGACUUAGCAGGAAGGCCCGAUACAUUUGUUGCAACAACUAUAAGCGAGGGAGGAAAAGACAUAGUCCAAGGAUCGUAUGGCCCCACGUGGAAGAUGCACAGGAAAAUUGCAUCCAAAGCACUCAGGCACUAUCUAAUGGGAGAGAACCUCAGCUUGAAGGUGUCGCAAUCUCUCAAAACCUCUAUAAAGCUGAUGAGUAAGGAACCAGGUGCCUUUGAUCCAUUCCCCUACCUUUCACUCGGGAUCUCCAACAUGAUGACAGGAAUGUUGUUCAAUAAAACGAGCCAAACUACAGACUCUGAAUACUAUAAAGAGUACGUCGUCGGCAUAGACAACAUGAUGAAAGAUUUUGGAGACGGUUUUCUAGAAGAUGCCAUUCCCCUGCUCCAACUGUGCCCAACGCCUAGAUUCAGGCGUGUUAUGCGACUCGCUGCUCAAAUGACAGAUGCAAUCAGGAAAGAAAUCGCAGCCCACAGAAAAACGUUCAACCAAGGUGAGAUGCGGGACUUCACAGAUGGUUUGAUACUGGCUCAGCAAGAAGCAGAAGAAGGGGACGACCCGAUCCUCAUGUCACAGAUUACCAACACACACAUGGUCAUGACAAUCUUUGACUUAGUUUUCGCUGGUACAGACACAUCCAGGGGCACUCUCCGCUGGUGUCUCCUGGCGAUGGCUCUCCAUCCUGACAUUCAAAAGAAAGUUCAGAAAGAGGUCGACUCUGUUAUCGAUCCUGAUCUGAACGUCCACGUUUCGGACAGGGACAGGCUGCCAUACACAGAUGCAGUGAUACACGAGGUCAUGAGGAUGAGGACAGUGGUUCCAUUAGGCGUUCCUCACUCGGCCCUUUGUGAUACCACAGUUGGUGGAUACGAUGUUCCCAAGGGAACAAUGGUGAUGAUCAACCACGACGCUUUGCACUUUGAUCCUGACCAAUGGGAGGACGUCAAUACGUUCAAACCUGAACGAUUCCUAGACUCAGAGGGGAAGAUGGGACCCAAGCCAGAAAGCUGGCUUCCGUUCUCUGCCGGAAGGAGAGUUUGUCUCGGCGAGACUGUCGCCAAACCCGAGAUCCACCUCUUUCUCGCUGGAAUCCUGAGAGUAUUCACCAUUUCACUUGCCCCAGGAACACAGCACGACUUUGAGCCACGGAGUUCGGGGUUGAUUAAUAGUCCAGGGGCAUACAAAAUUGUAGUGAAAUCGAGAGUAUAAAUCAGUGCUUUGGAUUUAAUGCUAUUUUGAUCGGGGUUUCAUUUUUUAAUAUGGAAUAAAAUCCCCAGGUGACUAAUAUAUGUACAUGGAACAUGUAUCUGGACAAUCAUGUUAAUAGACCAAAAAAAUGGGGUUUAGGUAGUUCUUCGAUGUUCAAUUUAUGUCUUAAUUAUUUUUAAUUUUAAUUAUUACCAUAAUUACGAAGGUUUUUGGUCUGAAAACAAUUGUCAAAAGUGACACCUUUAGGCAUCAUUCAUAUUCAUAAAAUAAAAAAAACAUCAUUUCUUUCAGAAAAUGCUUGAUCUGCCUUUGCAAUAAAAAACAUUUUCGCUGGAUGUAUACAAAAAUGUGUUGUGCGGUUUUGUUUUUUUCUGCUCCCUUCAGGGAAAAUCAUUGAAAUCUAGAAGCAAUAAACAUUUUAGUUCUGCGCCAUUAAACUUGUUUAUAGACUAUAGACUAGUCUAUGAAAUCAUUCCUUUAAAA